UUUUUUUUUUUUUUACCUCUCUCGUCUCUUUGAUGCUAGCAAAAGAGUAAAGACCACCGCAUAAUCUCAUCAAAAAAUUUUUGGGCGAUGUCAGUAUAUCACCUUUUCCCGUUUAUAUUUCUAUAGUUACCCUAAGAAUCUACAAUGCGAUUCGACUGUUAUUAGUCGUUAUCUGCCUUCUUCCGAUGCAAUCCUAUGGAGGUAGUGGAGAUCCAAUUUGGGCAAUUGAAGUCAAAGAUGUCCGAAACCGAACCUAGAUUUGGAGGCUUACCGAAACGUGAUUCAUUGUUACACGAAUGAAUUUUGAUUUGUUUAGGUUUGUGCCCUAAUUGGAUUGAUUGGCAAGUCAUGUAACUCUUUCCAUGGCCUCUUGCUUGGGAUUACCUUACUGGAACUAUAGAGACAGAACGUGGUGGGCUUAAUAGAGGGUUUCGUAAAAAUUGUGUUGUUGAAUUUUGUUAUCGAGCCUUUUUAAAUAUAUAUUAAACCCAAUUAAAUCGCAAACCCAUUCAUGAAGUUUACUCUACACAUGAGUGGCGAAGAUCCACUACGCUUUUCGCCGGGUUAUAAGGGACGCGCGGACCCAAGAUGGGUCUGAAAUUGGAUGUAAUGUUUGUACAAUUUUAACCCUAUUGAUUUUAAAAAUAGCUCUCUAUCAUAAAAAAUUGAAGGGUAAUUUUUGGAAUUUUUUGCCAAAAUUCUAUGAUUUUCAAUUUUGUACUUCUCUUUUAAUAUUAAGAAGAUGAGCUCGAAUUUUCAGCCACCGUAUCAACUUCCUAAAACUAUUGAUGACAAAGGAGUGUUAUCCAAAAGAGGGGACGUUGAUGAAGCGUGUGAGAAGAUGCAUUUGGCUAUUUCAUUGAGUAGAACCAAGCUGUUGGACUCUGUUCUCGACGAAUUCAGAAUGGCCUACUUGAGUCUCUCAUUGGAAGAUCGUAAGGUGCUAUUGCUUGUCUUGGCCAGAGAGUAUUACAUCGACAGGACUCAUGUCCGAGAACUCAUUGAUCAUUACAUCAAACUCAAGAUCAUUAGCCAGACAGAAUCACCUACACCGGGUCUCGAUGGCCCUUUGAAUCGCAUUCGCUGGAGUCUUGGACACGCCCUCAGGCCAACAUAUGCCGUGCUUUUCGAGAGGCUUAAAAGAAGCAAUGAAGGGCCGAAAUUUUUAUGCAUUCUAUCAGCUUAUUUAAGUUAGCUUAAGUCUCCUUUAGCUUAAGUAUAACUCCACUGUAUUCUAUAUAUAAAUACAGAUGUAA